AUGGGUUCUUCCGGUACUUGUUGGAUUUCCAAACCUGUCUUUUUUGUGUUCGUGAUAUUGUCUCUUGGCUCCUGUGCUUCAUCAUCAUCUUCCUUGCACCCUUUGGUUUUCCAGUCACAACUCGAACACCUAAACCACACGGCAAUAUCAGAUUUUAGGGUGCUCAACAGAAGAUUCUUUGGCGACUGUCCGAAUCCGAGCCCUUAUCUGCAAAUCAGUUUUAACUCGAGUUCUGGUGGCUUGGGAGAUGAUGAGUUUGUGACUGUCAAUGUUACUGGCGUUUUGAACCCUUCCAAAAGUGAUUGGGUGGCCAUGAUUUCACCUUCUACGUCCGAUGUCUCAAGCUGCCCUUUGAAUGCGAUGUAUUAUGUACAGACUGGUGAUUUUAGUAAACUUCCUCUUCUCUGCCAUUAUCCUGUUAAGGCAACAUACAUGAGCACUGAUCCAGACUAUCUGAGUUGCAAGAAGAAGGAAUGCAAAAAGUAUCAGAAUGGUACCAGUCAAUGUGCAGUGUCCACCUGCAGUGGUUCGUUAACAUUUCAUGUUAUUAACAUCAGAACCGACAUCGAAUUCGUCUUGUUUUCUGGUGGAUUUGAGCUCCCUUGCAUUUUAAAGAGGGCAAACCCUCUGAAAUUUGCCAAUCCAAACAAGCCACUCUAUGGACAUCUCUCAAGCAUAGACUCAACUGGAACAGCGAUGAAAUUAACAUGGGUCAGCGGAGAUGAUAAACCUCAGCAAGCACAAUAUGGAAAUGGAAAAUCACAGACUUCAGUAGUUACCACAUUUUCACAAGAUGAUAUGCAGAGUUCAGUCGCUAUACCAAGUCCAGCCAAAGACUUUGGGUGGCAUGAUCCAGGCUUCAUUCAUUCAGCAGUGAUGACAGGACUUAAGCCUUCAUCUACCUUCUCUUAUAGAUAUGGAAGUAAUUCAGUUGGCUGGAGUGAUCGAAUCCAAUUCCGGACUCCACCUGCAGGGGGAUCUGAUGAACUCAAAUUUGUUGCAUUUGGCGACAUGGGAAAGGCUCCUCGUGAUUCUUCUGUCGAGCAUUAUAUUCAGCCAGGAUCCCUCUCAGUGAUUGAAGCCGUGACAGACGAAAUAAAAUCCGGGAAUGUGGACUCUGUCUUCCACAUUGGAGACAUAAGCUACGCCACCGGAUUUUUAGUUGAAUGGGAUUUUUUCCUUCACCAAAUCAACCCUGUCGCUUCUCGAGUUUCAUACAUGACAGCUAUUGGGAACCAUGAGAGGGACUACAUAGACUCUGGAUCAGUGUAUAUUUUAGCUGAUUCAGGUGGGGAAGUUGGAGUUCCUUAUGAGACUUAUUUUCCUAUGCCAACGCCGGCAAAGGAUAAACCAUGGUAUUCCAUAGAACAAGGAAGCGUCCACAUCACAGUGAUUUCAACAGAGCAUGAAUGGACUAAAAAUUCUGAGCAGUAUCAAUGGAUGAAAAAGGACAUGUCUUCAGUUGAUCGAUCUAAAACUCCUUGGUUGAUAUUUAUGGGGCAUAGACCAAUGUACACAUCUUGCCCUGGAUUCUUGAGUGUUGAUUUAAGAUUCGUUGACGAAGUUGAACCAUUACUUCUGUCAAACAAAGUUGAUCUGGCCCUGUUUGGUCAUGUCCAUAACUACGAGCGAACCUGCUCCAUUUUUAAGAGCCAAUGCAAGAAAUUGCCUAUCAAAAAUGAGGCUGGGAUCGACUCAUAUGAUCACAGAAACUAUGGUGCCCCAGUGCACGCUAUAAUUGGAAUGGCUGGCUUUUCCUUGGACGAGUUCCCCAGUGAUAUUAACAAUAGUUGGAGUAUAUCAAGGCGUGCCGAAUAUGGUUAUCUCAGAGGGCAUGCAACAAGGACAGAUAUCAAAUUAGAGUUUGUGAAUGCAAAAACAAGAAAAGUUGAGGACAGCUUCCACAUUACAAAAGCACAAGUUAGAUAG